GAAGAACUGUGUAUUCCAAAACAUUCGCCUUCGCCACCGCCAAUACCUAUUUCCUCUGGACCAUCCUCGCAGACACAGCUUUCGCCAAACGUAGCUGGGAAUUUCAACUUGUUACCGGCACGUCCAUCGAUACAAAAAAUGUGUCCGACCACUACACCCCUUGCAGUAGAGCGAGAAGGACCAAAUCCAUCUCCAAGUGGCGAGCCCGGCGCGAACAUGGCAAGGUUGAAGGUCGCUGCCUCUGCCUCUUCCACCAAGCCGGCUCCUGUCUCUCUCNCUGAGAGGUCAUCACAAUCGAACGAAGGACUAGCCUUCUCCAACUUGUCCAACCCUCUCGAUUCAUGUGCUCAAUCACCGGCUUCGCGUACUGCUAAUUUUUCGACUACCAUGUUUCGAACAACGCCUACAUUUCCUCAUGAGAUUGAUACUCUCGAUCUCACCGAAGAUGCUUUGCCCACGCCGGCUCGACUGUUGUCACAUCUAAAAGGCNAAAAGAGAAAGAGCGAUGAACACAGGAUUGAUACAUACAACCGCUCGUCUUCGAAAGCGCCACGCCUAGAGACGAUCCAGCAACCCGGUGAUGACGACGACAGCUUUAUGUCCAUCGAUGAUUUGCUAGAUGAUGAAUCAAUUGGCCCACCUCCUCCAUACUCCACCGUCGGACAAUCGCCGGCUAAGCGCCCUGCUCAAGCGCCUGUACCGUCUUCGAAUUCAAUUAUGGGUCCUCCACAAGAAAGACGAGUCAAGCGUUUAGUAGUGGAUAGUGCGGAUGAAAAUAUGGAAGACGUACAUGAUAGUAUACCUGAGCCACGUCUAGCCUCUCCCGUCAAGCUGAAGCAACAAUUAGUAUCUCCGAAGAAGCCACUCCGGACUCCCGCGCUCAGUCGUGUUGCUGAAUCACCUACCGUCGUUCCGCAAUCACCUGGUCUUCCACCUUGUUCCUCGAGUCAGGAUGCUCUUUUCCACAUGUUCCUGGCUUGGACUCAGGAAGACUUUGAGUCGAAGGUGGCUGAGGCUGAAAAUCGUCACGCACAAGCUACUGACGCCUACAUGGCGGUCAUAGAGUCUCUCGAUAUCGAUGAGGUACCAGCUCAUAUCACUGAAGCCUAUGAGCGGGCAGGCGAGAUAGAUGAAACUCUCAAAAGUCUGAAGAGUUCCAAGGACAGACUUGACGCACUAGACUUUGAAAUGAAGAGCGUCUCAGACCUUAUGAGGAAAGCUCUGCGCGCUCGGCAGAAACCUACUAAGAAGCAGGAGGAGAUGAAAGAACUCAAACAACGUAUUCGCGAUAUACGUACUGAGAUUCUGCCGCUUCUCCAAAGCNUUGAGUCUGCUAGUCUUAUGUCCAACUUCAAANAGCUUGCUGCUGUUGCGGCACAAUCUCCUCAAGCUGUACCUAGAGCGAAGACCGAGAUUUUGCGCAGCCCUGGCCCCGAAAGAAUCAAGCAGACUCAGCUAUCUAAUGGCAGAAAUGUCGAAGGCUUUCCUGGUGCUGAGGACACCCCAUCCAGGCCAGCAAGACGAAUCGAGCCGGAGCCAGAUGUAGAGGAUCCCAAUGUGAUGGAGACUUGUCCGCCUCGUCACUUUCUCGAAAGGAAAAUCUGCCAUACCAACAACCACAAUGUUCCUUUUUUCCCGUCAAAGCGCAGUAGCACAACUUCGACCAGUUGCCAGACCUCGACAAAGCCAACAACCUCGAUCAGGGAUUUGGCCCGACCUCAUAGACAAAGUGACAAGGAGAGUUAUAGCGUGCCUGACGAAUUUGACGAGUUCGAGGGGGAAGAAAGCCUCUUCAGCAAUCUCAUGGGUACACCUCUAGCGCAGUCCGUUGAUGAAGAAAACUACGACGACGAUUUCGGUGACGAUGAAGAUCUCAUGGAACUUGCGACCGAGUUUGAAGAUCACUCCACUUUCCAUGGUGUGCCCGGUCAGUCUCAUGAUUGUUCUGCCGUUGUCCCGAUUUCAAAUAUUCCAAAGUCACGACCANAANAAGCCACUCUUGUCAAAAGAUCAAAGACGCUCGAUGAAGAACUCGGAAAUUUUCCAUGGACUAGAGAGGUCAAGAGGGGACUUACUCAACUUUUCAAACUGCCUAGACAUGUAUUCGUGCUCAUGCCAACUGGAGGUGGUAAAUCCUUAUGCUACCAAUUGCCAGCAAUUGCCAGGUCAGGGAAGACGUCUGGUGUCACUAUUGUCGUCUCACCAUUGCUGAGUCUGAUGGAAGAUCAAGUCUCGCACUUGCGAGCGUGGAAUAUUCAAGCGUUCUCACUCACAGGCAACACGACAAUGGAUGAGCGCAGGNAGGUCACAAGCACCUUUACGAAACCCAAUGUACAGGAAUUUGUGCAGCUACUUUACAUUACGCCAGAAAUGUUGAACAAGAGUGGGAUGAUGAAGACCGCCUUCAAGGAUUUGCAUCGAAGAGGAAAGCUUGCGAGGAUUGUCAUCGACGAAGCCCACUACGUCAGCCAAUGGGGGCAUGACUUCCGCCCCGACUAUAAAGAGCUUGGAAUGGUCUUGGAAGAAUAUCCUGGUGUGCCUAUCAUGGCCCUCACGGCUACUGCGACCGAGAACGUCAAAGUUGAUACCAUUGGCAAUCUCGGUAUCAAUGGCUGUGAUGUCUUCUCACAAAGUUUCAACCGUCCAAACCUCAGAUACCAUGAGAUUGUCGAAGAGAAACAUAAGAACGAGUGCGGUAUCAUAUACUGCCUUUCAAGAAAGCAAUGCGAAGACGUCGCUGCAGAGCUUCGUGCACGUCAUAUCAAAGCUCAUCAUUAUCAUGCCGGAAUGGAACCAGAAGCUAAAAGCAAAGUUCAGAGGGAUUGGCAACGAGGUGAAACUAAAAUAAUCGUUGCAACCAUCGCCUUCGGUAUGGGAAUUGAUAAGCCAGAUGUUCGUUUCGUCAUCCACCACACGAUCCCUAAGAGCCUUGAGGGAUAUUACCAGGAGACUGGUCGUGCUGGUCGAGACGGUGCAGCUUCCGAAUGUUAUCUAUUUUACGGCACGCAUGACUUGUUCACUUUGCGCAAGAUAAUCGACGAGAACGAGAGCGGCAGUAAGGAACAGAAAGACCGCCAACAUGACAUGCUUCGCAGAGUCGCGCAAUUCUGCUUGAACAAAACUGACUGCCGUCGCGUUCAGGUCCUAGCUUACUUCGCAGAAAGUUUCUCGAAGGAAGACUGCAACAACUCUUGCGAUAACUGUAACACAACCGAAGAGCUGGUCGAAGAGGAUUACACUGAAAUCGGUCUUGCUGUAGUCGAGCUUGUCAAGGAAAUUGCCUCUGUUCGUAAUGUCACUCUCCAUCAAUGUCUUGAUCUGUUCCGAGGUACGGGCCGCAACCUCCAUCCUGAGGACAAGAUGGCUGAGAAUUUUGGCGUGGGUAAGGAUCUUGAACGAGAAAACGUUGAUCGUCUGUUCGGUCUUCUAUUGGCUGAAGAUGUCAUCCGUGAGUUCUCAUUGUUCAACAAAUCAAAAUUCGCCAAUCAAUAUAUUGGACUUGGACCAAAGAGGCACAUGUUUGGACAUGGGCGUGGCAAGCAGAAGCUGAUGCUCUACGUUCCGGUAGCAGCAGCAGGUGGGAAAGCCACUGAGCGAAAGCCAAAGGUUGCGACAGGUAUCGGCGCCAAGGCCUCCAAAGCAGCCAAAAAAGGUCAUCAGUAUCCUUCCACCAAUAUCUCCUUUCCAAUCCAAUCAGGACCAAGCCGGAAGCGCGGCGGGCUCACACGCAGUGGUCACGAGCGUGACACUUUAAACGUUGAUGAUCCUGACGAGGAUGAAGACUACGCCCAAUCUGAGGACGAAAAGGAUGAGGACGAUUGUUUAGAAACUCUUCGAACANGAAGCAAUUCCUGGCUUUUGAACCAAACAAGGCUUGGAGAACCGAUCACCAGGGAUGAAGCACUCCACAACCUGGACGAUGUUCAUCAGGAUGUGAUUGCUUCGUUUGUUCAUGAUGCCAAAGAGGAGAUGAAGCAGCUAAUGAAGAAGAAAGAUUUGCGCCAACAGCCAUUUUCUGAUACAAUGCUACGGGAGAUGGCGGUCGUGUUUCCGAAGACUCUGCAAGCCAUGAAAAAGAUAAGAGGUAUCGAUCAUACCAAGGUUGACUACCAUGGCACAACCUUGCUUCCUCUGAUCGCUCAACACAAGAAUCAACUCGACACGAUGAUGCAAGGCUCAGAAGACGUGCCGUACGAUCCUAAUCACGCCACAGUCAUCUAUAUUGAGAGCGACGACGAUGCCAACGAAAUUUCAAGGCCUUCAACGCCAGAUUUUAACAGUCACAAGCUGCGCCUCGAGCAGCUGUACCACCACCCGACAAACGGGCCUCCCGUGCCGGAUCUGGUGAGUUCUGGCAAGGGCAAGUCCGCUGCUGGAGGAACGACGAAGAAACGCGCACCAGCUGCAAAGAAACAAAGUAGUAUUGCCGCCAAAUUUGCGUACAACAAUAACAACAAUAACAACAGUGCAGGCCCUCUAAAGAGAGGCGGAGGUGGUAACACUUCUAGCGGAAUUGGACACCAUGCGAAAAGACUCUCGAAGGCAUGGUAG